AUGGACGAGGAGGACGACGUCUUCGGCUCUGAUAUUGACGAGGAAGAGGAAAAGAAAAAGGAGCCAACCCGUGAAGAGGACAAGAAAUUCGCCUUCCGCCGGGAAUUGAGAAAUAUGCUGUAUGGAUUUGGCGAUGACAAGGUGCCAUAUGACAAGACGCUCGAGUUGGUCGAAGCAAUCAUGGUGGAUUACGUCAAGGAAUUCGUCGAUCGGUGUCUAGCGGUCGGCAAGCCCGGCAAAAUCGGCCUUGAAGAUAUCCACUACCUGAUACGAAGGGAUCCCAAGAAAUUCGCGCGAGUAAAGGAGCUGCUAUCGAUGAGCGAAGAGCUGAAGAAGGCCCGCAAGCAGUUCGAAGCCGCCAAGGCCAAUCUGCAGAUU